GACUGUAACCUCUCAGAGAGAAGCUGUGUAGCUCUGUCCUCAGUUCUCAGCUCCCAGUCCUCUAGUCUGAGAGAUCUGGACCUGAGUCACAACAACCUGCAGGAUUCAGGAGUGAAGCAGCUUUCAGCUGGACUGGAGAGUCCACACUGUGGACUGGAAACUCUCAGUCUGUCAGGAUGUCUGAUCACAGAGGAAGGCUGUGCUUCCCUGGCCUCAGCUCUGCGCUCCAACCCCUCCCAUCUGAGAGAGCUGGACCUGAGCUACAAUCAUCCAGGAGACUCAGGAGAGAAGCUUCUGUCUGCUGGACUGGAGGAUCCACACUGGAGAGAUGGACCAUGGUGGACCGCAGAGAAUGAACUACAAACAUCAGACGCAGCUGGAAUCAAGUUUCACUUUGAAAAACAUUCUCAUCUAAAGGUCCACUUACUCUGUAUGUCCAAAGCUUUCAGUCACAUCUCAUGGUCUUCCUCAGUGAUGGAGGGUCUCAGUUGUCAUGGAGAUGGUUUAAGUUUGAAUGGUUUCAGUAAAGUAGUUAAUAAAUCAACAGAUGAUAAACUGCAGCUGUAUUGUGUCUCGUUCUCUCCAUCAGAUGCCUGUGAACUGGAACUGGAUCCAAACACAAUGAACACAAACCUCAAACUGUCUGAUAACAACAGGAAGGUGACACAUGUGGAGGAGCAUCAGUCAUAUCCUGAUCAUCCAGACAGAUUUGACUACUGGUCUCAGCUGCUGUGUAGAAAUGUUCUGACUGGUCGAUGUUACUGGGAGGUCGAGUGGAGAGGAAGAGUUUAUAUAUCAGUGAGUUACAGAAGAAUCAGAAGGAAAGGAGGCAGUGAUGACUGUGUGUUUGGAUAUAAUGAUCAGUCCUGGAGUCUGGAGUGCUCUGAUGGUGGUUACUCUGUCCGUCACAAUAAGAGAGAAACAUCCAUCUCCUCCUCCUCUGUCUCUAACAGAGUAGCAGUGUAUGUGGACUGUCCUGCUGGCACUCUGUCCUUCUACAGAGUCUCCUCUGACACACUGAUCCACCUCCACACCUUCAACACCACAUUCACUGAUCCUCUGUGUGCUGGGUUUGCAGUCUGGUGGUCUGGUUCCUCAGUGUCUCUGUAG